AUGGAGGGCACACAGACGAAGGGCGUAAAAUAUCAGAUCUGUGGCUCUUGUCAUGGAAACAGCCAUAUGGAGCAUCUUUACACACCCAGGAAAGACACCGGGCCAAACGGCACCAAGGAAAACCAUGAGCUGGGCUCAUCUCAGAGUUCACACAGAAAAGACCAGAGACGGCCAAAGGACUCGAUGAAAGAGUCGAAGAGAGAAACGUCAGUCCAAACGGGCUGGUGUGAGACUCCAAAGGUAAUAAAAAAGGACCCGUCGCUCCGCAGACGUCUGCUCAUCUCCUGCUCAUCCUCUGAUGGGAGGAAGAGUGGCAUCGCCACACCUGGAGAAGCCUCCAGAGAUCCCGGUGAGAGCUUCAACUCUCCAGACAUCAGCCCAACUGGACCGUUGUCCUACAGCACUUUGAGUGACGAUUCUGAUUUCUCCUGUCGUAAACGGCGUCUGAUGUUCUCUCAAGUGAUUACUUCAACCCUUGAGACUGGCAGGAGUGGCGUCCAGAUGAGUCCUGUGCUGUUUCAGAACCAGGUCACCGAUGCCCUUGAACCAGAUCUUGACGAAAGCAUCAUCGCUGGCCUUCCUAGCUCGCCACUAGCUGGCAAGAACUUCCAGUCCCCUGUAAGCACAGAGAAACCCAGUGUCCUGGUCACCCCUACCUUAGCGUCUGAGGACAGCGGCUUCAGCUCGUUGGGUCUGGACAAAUCGCACGACGACUCUGUGGAUCACGACGGCUCUUUCCAGGAGCUUGUGCUGCCGUCGUCUUCAUGUGGCAAGAGACGCUCGCGGCUGGAGAGACAGCGAAGGCUUUCCACGCUCCGAGAGGGGGGUUCCCAGUCCGAGGAUGGACCCCGAGACCAGCGGGUGAGGCAGAGUGACCCGGAUGCCCACGUGAGUAAGGACGAAGUGUUUCUGGACAGAACCCCGCUAGGGGAUGCCACGCUGAAAAUGGAGGAUCUGUCCCUGACUCCAGCGCUGCAGGUCGUUCACGCUAUAAGUCGCCGCAGCGCGCACGUGUUACAGCAGCAAACCAGUUUAGAGGAACUGCUGCGUGUGACGGAGGAAGAUGGACCUAUCAGAACCAGCUUGCCUCUCUCAGGGCUCAUCGGACGCAAAAUGGGCCUGGACAAGGUGGACAUCAUCUCAGAACUGAAGAUGCGAAACCUGAGACACGUGCUAGCCGUUAUCCUGAGUCUUCUGUCUGCUGCUGACAUUUACAGGUUCGGCCAUGUGUCCGAUGACUGGAAUGAUGUCAUCACAGAGGAUAAAAAAGCAUCCCACAGGAGAAGAUGCCACAUCAGAGAGAUGAAGAGUGCACUAGAGGCUGGUAAAACGGCUCAUGUUGCAGAUGCUGACACCAGGUUGGCGCUGGCGUGCAGGUCGGCUCUGAGCAGUGUGCAGGCUCAAGCCCGAACGCCCCACACACACCCGUCCUGCACCCCGACACAACACACAGAGCACCACUGCAGCAGCAAACGUGUUGAGUUCCUACAGAUUGCUAAAACUCUGUUCAACGAUGAAUAUCUGAAGUCGUGUCCGCGCUGUCAGCAUCCGGCGCGCUGUCACUCUCUGCGUGGUGAGGGAGUGUGCAGCUGGACCGACUGUCUGUUUCAGUUCUGCACGUCCUGUUUGUGUGCGUUCCACGGGUCCAAAGACUGCGCACACCUGUCUGCCAAACGCAGGAGCAAGAGAGAUGUGCUGCCUGGCAGUGCCCAGAGCAAACACAACGUCAAGAGGCUCUGA